AUGACAAAGGGUUUGGUUCUUGACAUGAUUGGUUCUGUUUAAAUAGACAAUUUACAAAAGAAUUAAAUGUUCAAUAGCGAGAUCAUGAUAAAAAAUGAGCAAUUAGAUGUACUAUCCCCUCAAGAAAAGAAAUAAAAACUUUUAGAAUUCCUUGUCUAGUAGAGAAGAUUUGAUAUUGAAAACAGAGAUGAAUAAGAUAUAAGUAGGGAUGUUUCAGGGGCUAAUUCAGCUAUGAAUGGUAUGAGGCUGCAAGCUGGAAAUGCUUUACAAAUUUAAAAAAGAUAUUAGGCAGGAGGAGUUAAUUUCCCUCCAUAUGGGCUUCAUCCAUCUGCCUCACUUGACUUGACUCGGUUCUCAUAGAAUAAAGAUGAUAUCACACCCCUUUCGGUGCAUAAAUCAGAAUCAACAAUGUCUUUCUUGCCUCCUGUCAAAAAGAGUUACUAUAUGGCUCACUCGAUAGAUUUAUCUUAACCUGAUUUCACAAAACUCAAAGUUAAUCAUUAAAAAUAAUAAGAUGAUGUUUAUUAUGAAAACUAAAAAGACAACUUGAAGGUUUAGAACAGAAGUAUAAGUCCCGAAUAACUAAAAAAUAGCAAAGUUUACGAGUCUGCUAAUAUUUAAUCAGUGAAAAGAAGAAACAUUGAAAGUAGUGAAGACCUACCUUUUAAUCAGCCUUAUUAUAGCAAAGAUAAAGACUUUGGAGGUACAAUGCAAAUCAGCAUGGAACGAAGGGAUAAAUCUCACACUUUUAAAUUGCCUAGAAGACUUCCAGACAUUGAAGAGGAGAGUUAAAAAUCACUAUUUCCUAUUAUCAAAUCAACUUCUUAAGCAUACCUUGACAUUGAUGUACUUUCUAAGUUACCUCAUGAUGUUCAAACCUAUAAGAGAGAUCAAAUGUAACAAAUAUUGUAACCACUUAAAAAAGAUGCCAGUUUCACGAACAACAAAACUUAUGGAAAAUUGGAAUAAGAAAUUUAAAAGCAAGUUCAGAUUUCAAAAGCUUAAGGGUUCAACUCAGCUUAAUCAAACUAAAAAGUUUAAAUGAACAGAUUCAGAAACAAAAAUAAAGAAAAGCAGAGCCUAAGAUACGCUACACUUGAUAAUAUUAGAGAAGAUAGAUAACUCUGA